AUGAUUGUUGUCACAGGUGGUGCCGGCUUCGUCGGCUCAAACAUCGUCAGGGAGCUGAACCUGCGUGGCGUGACAAAUGUGGUUGUUGUCGACGACAUGACAGACGGUUCCAAGUUCCGUAACCUUGUCAACUGCAAAGUGGCCGAUUACAUCGAUGAGACUGCAUUCCGUGAAGCGAUUCGGACUAAAACCUUCCACCAUCGUCCCCGCGUCAUCUUCCAUUAUGGCGCAAGUUCCUCAAUCACCGAAACCAACGGCAAGAAAAUGCUCGACGCCAACUUCACCUACUCCAAGGAGCUCUUCCACUGGUGCAAGGACCAGGGAGUUCGCUUCAUCUACGCCUCAUCCGCUGCCGUCUACGGAAACAACACUGCCUUCGCCGAGGGAGACUUCCAAGAGGCCCCUCUGAACGUCUACGGAUAUUCGAAGAUGCUGUUUGACCAGUAUGUCGUCAAAAACACCGACAUCCGCUCCCCGCAAGUCGCGGGACUCCGUCUAUUCAACGUCUAUGGACCUGGCGAACAGUACCGAGAUUCAGUUCCCAGCACCGUCUACCAAUUCUACGAGAAACGGAAAUCGUUCAAAACCAUUGAGCUCUUUGGAGAAUACGCCGGAGUCGAAGCCGGACAGCAGAAGCGCGACUUUGUCCACGUUCAAGACGUCGCCCGUCUGAACUGCUGGUUCCUCGACCACCCGGAGAUCAGCGGGAUUUACAAUGUCGGCACCGGUGUUGCUAGCAGUUUCCACGAAGUCGCCACGGAAGUCGCCAGCCACUUCGGCAACACCGACGGUUACAUCAAAUUCGUUCCCUUCCCAGCUGAACUGAAAGGCAAAUACCAGAGCUACACCUGUGCUGAUAUCUCGAAGCUCCGCCGGGCUGGCUCUGUGCUGCGUUUCCGCGGCAUUAAGGAAGGGAUUAAGGAUUACAUGGAAUGGCUUGACAGCCCUGAGGGGUUGGCCUGGUAA